UUAUUUCUAUAAAUAUUUUAGAGAUGUUUAAAUCAGGGUUAAAAGUUUGUUCGAGGAUCUUGCCAAGUGCACAAACGUUUUUUAGGCUUGAGACAACUGGUACUCAAGGAGCAACAGCUCAGAAUGCAAAUCAAGCUAAACAAGCUAAUACUAAAUGGCAAAUUGAUCUGGUAAAGCGUGAAAAGUUGAAAGAAUUUGCUCUAUAUAUGACCCAAUGUUUACCCAAAUAUAUCCAACAAGUCCAGUUUGCUGGUGGAGAUGAAUUGGAAGUACUUAUUCACCCAGCAGGGGUUCUACCAGUUUUUGCUUUUCUUAAAGGCCACCAUCCUGCACAGUUUACCAGUUUCAUUUUUUGUUGUGGUGUUGAUGUUCCAACACGUAAAAAUCGUUUUGAGGUUGUUUAUGCACUUCUUUCUACUCGUUAUAAUGCUCGUAUACGCGUGAGAACUUAUACAGAUGAGAUUGCUCCAAUUGAAUCUUUAACACCGCUCUUCUCCGGUGCAGAAUGGUAUGAACGCGAAGUUUAUGACCUCUAUGGUGUUUGGUUCAAUAAUCACCCAGACUUGCGUCGACUUUUGACAGAUUAUGGUUUUGAAGGAUAUCCACAGAGAAAAGAUUUUCCGCUAACUGGUUAUGUUGAGCUUCGUUGGGAUCAAGAACUUCAACAAGUUAUUUACGAACCGACAGAAAUGGCACAAGAAUUCCGGAAAUUUGACUUGAAUACUCCGUGGGAAGUAUUUCCAGCUUUUCGGGAGUCUUCGAUUACUGCUGGUUUUGACGUCAUUCACACAGCGGAAGAGAAACAUGAGGAAAAAGCUGAAAAAUAA